GGCGGCCUUACACGAAUUAUCUCAGUGGGAGUCCAUCCGCCGCCAUGACCGUUCGCGCGUGUACCUUUCUUCUGCUAAUAGCUUUCGCACACGCGUUCAUAGACGAAGCGGUCGACGUUAUCAAACUCGGCAAGGAAAUAGGCGAGGAAGUUCUGAACUCAUGGGACCUUUUAGGCAAACCGUUAAACAUAUCGGGAGGCGUGGAUCUCCCUGUUAUCAAGCGGAGGGAAAGGAUAGUUUUGGCGAAACUGGAUCGGAUAUCUCGGAUGAUAGAACGCCUCGAGCUCGGGAUUGAGAAGAAUAGCGCUGUGGCAAUGUUGUUAGCGAAAACUGGUCGAGGAGCGAGAUUAGAGUUGAGAUUACACGAGAUGGCAGAUUUGCUGAGCCGCGUGGCCUCCGCUGACCGACAGAUGAGGGAGUAUGUGAGGUUACAGAAGGAGUUGGAAAGGACUACGCUGGAGGAUUUCGCGCAGUGGUGUGUCUCCCAUGACCCUGGCGCGUUGCCGGGUUUGCUGGAACGAGUUCACGCGCUGAUAGCGCCGCCGCAUAAGCAUUUGCUUGGACGCGGCAUUUUGAAUUUGGUGCUGGAUGAUUUGCAGGAGGAGCAUCCAGACCUUUGCGAGCUGCAGCUGUCACCUCAUCAGCUCAUCUAUGACAUGUACAACACGAUAUCGCUCACCGAGAUCAAGGGAUACGCCAUGAUGCAAUUCUCGUGGAUGCUGCUCAGGAUAUAUGGCAAAGGCAACUUCACACAAGAAGCAAGUUUGACGAGGCAAAGGUAUGGGGAGAGGACGUCGAGGACAGCGGCCGCUGCAAGAGCCGCGUUGGCUAUGGCAAGAAGAGACUUGUAUAGAUGCGACCCUCCACAGCAUAAACUAGGUGAAACAUAUGAAGAAGUGACCAGAUUACUACAAGGAUACAUAGAGAACGAGGUGGACAUGAACUCGGACAACACCUGCAGGGAGAAUUGCGCGUACUACACUCUAGCCGAGCACCACACUUGCUUCAAAGAACAGUUCUGCGCGCAACAGGCGGUUUGCAAGGGAAGGAUCAUAGACUGCAACUAUAUUGACUCUGACAUGUGGGUCUGUCGAGCGGGGAAAAACAGCAAUCGGCGGUACGAAUGGAUCGAGUAUGAAAACGGCAGGACAUUAGGAAAACCUGGCAGCUGCCCACGAGGGACGACAAAGGUCGACUCCUGGUGGAAGUGGAACCUCCUCCACUGCUCUUACUGCAUGUGUCUUUGCGAAGACGAUAUCGGAUCGUCCGAACGCACUUUCAGCUUGCGCGAAGCGAACGCUGAUUUUGACAACAACAAGGUAGUGACUGGUUUAAGACUUGUGAAGCACGGCAGGGUGUUCCACCUCCAGAUAAGCGAAGGUACUUUGGGCGAGAGAGGAUCGAUCACUCCUGGAAGCUGGGUGCCGUUACAGAAGUUCGAUAUCACAGAUUCUGGUAUAAGGGACGGAAUUGACUACCACACGAUGUCUUACGAGAAAAGAGCUAUUGAUUUGGAUGAACUCGAUUCUCCUACUGGAUACAUCUUAACUGGCGUCAGAUUCCGUAUGAUAGGUGCCCAUCUGCACUUCGAGAUUAGAUCAACGCCUUUCAAUUACACGACAGGACGACUGUCACCUGCCAGGAGUCAAUGGAUCAGUAAUGACAACACAGAGGGUGCUGAAGUUCCACGGUCCCGAUUGGAGCUAUUCAGGCCGGACAUACCGACGCGCAGCGCGACGCCGCUGCCCGUGGACUCCAAGCACGACCAGUACUUAGAGUUCACUCACAGUGAUUUCGAGGCUGAUGCGGCGCAGAGCACCGUACCGUUUGUCGACAUUCAACCACUUGAGCCUAUGAAAGGUUCAGCACUAAUAAGUGGGGCCGGUAUUAUCCACCGAGGGACCCGAGGCUCCGGCGGGUUCAUAGCGGCCAAACUCUUCACCUACAACUAUUCCCGACACAUCAAAGCGGAGUCGCCGCCGGCGUUUGUCGAGGCCGACGUGGAAAAAGACUUAGUGCUGCCCGUCAGUAAUUUUUAAAUACUUUAGAAUAUUGAUAAUUUAAUUGAUAAUGGUAAUAUACUCAUUUCUAAUGUAGAGUAAUUUGAAAAAUAAAUUCUUGGUUUAAGCGU